AUGGCUUCAAUCUACCAACUCAACCAACCCCCUAAUCCCUUCUGGGAUUUCCUCAACGGAAACCUAGAGGAUCAUCCUUUCUUUGCUCCUCGAGGCCACCAUGGAAGACGUGGACACCACAGCCACCGUCAUGGAUGGGGAAACUCCCAACAGAGCGAGACUGUUCCACAGGGCACUGAAGCACCCAACACAGAGUCGAACGGAGAGAUGAAGAACGACAGGUCUGCGGCCGACUCCGACUCCCCAGAUAACCAGCACCGCCGUUGUGAUCACUGUGGUAAGGGCAAUGGCAAAGGCCGUGGAGGUCCCGGUUAUGGACCUGGUCCGUUCCGUGGAAAGGGCGGCAAAUGCAAGCACGGCCAUGGCCCUCACGCCGGACCAUGGGGCCACCACAACCACCCCUACGAUCACGCAGGAAUGUUCGGCGGCCGCGGACGAGGCCCUCACCACGCAGGCGGCCACGGCAAACACCACGGCGGACCCCCAUUCGGCGGCCAAGGCUUCCCCUUCAACUUCCUCCGCAACCUCGGGAUUCCAAUGAACGGACCCGCCCCCGAGGGCGUAGAUUUCACUCCUGCCAUCGACGUCUUCGACACACCGGCCAAGUACAUGGUGCACGUCUCACUACCCGGAGCGAAGAAGAGCGAUCUGAGCAUCGACUAUGACGCCGAGGAAUCGGUUUUGCGGUUGGCGGGUGUUGUGCACCGUCCUGGUGUUGAUGAGAAUAUGUAUCAGGGACUUGCUAUGGAAGAGCGUGGACGGGAGGUUGGAGUGUUUGAGCGUGAGGUCCGGUUUGGCACUAGGGCUGCGCCGGCUUUUGUUGCUGUUGAGGGGAUUUCGGCGAAGUUGGAGGAUGGUGUUCUUAAUGUUGUUUUGCCUAAGGUUGUUCCUGAGCCUGAGGUUGGGAAGAAGAAGGUUGUUGUUAAGGUUGAUGAUCUUGAGCGUGAGAAGGGUGAUAUGGUGGAUGAGAAGGUUCGUGAGGAUUUCACUCCUGAUGAGUCGGAGGCUAGUGAUGCUGAGGAUGGUGAGGCGAGGGAGUAUGUGAAGGUUCCAGUGCUGUGA